UACUACUACUAGUGCUGCUGUUAUACAUUCUGGAUUACAAGCCAGCAGUACCUCACAGUCUCUCACACGCCCACUUCUACUGGAAUCGUGUGUGUUGACUGUUGAGAAAGAGAGUGGUGGGGAAGAGGGGCCGUGGUGGCCCAUUCAAAUCCAUAGCUGACCGACUUUGAGGAUACGGGUGAGAGAAAAGCAUGGCCCAGGCUUAAAAUAUCCAUUAAAUAUGAUGGUGAAUGAGACCAAGAUAAUGAGAGAGAGAGAGAGAGAGAGAGAGAGAGAGAGAGAGAGACGAGGGUUUAGAGUUAGAGAAUAAUUAGAAGAGAUAUUCUCUAUAGCCAUCAUGUUUUUGGUGUUUUCUUUUGAAAUCAAAUAAAGGUAAACCAGGUCUCUGUAAGAAGAGUCCGAAGUUAAUUUUGGACUAUAUUUUGUAGUGGGGGUGAGUGAGUGUUUAUAUUUCAAGCUUGAGUUUCUUGUCUUUUGGCAGAAUUAGAAAGAGAUAAAGAGUCGGUAGUUAUUUUGAAUAUAACAAAGAUUUAGGUGCUUGUGUUUGGAGAAAUUCUUGUUUUUUUGUUUGUACAGUUUUAUCCCUUUCUGUAAGCUUCUUGGUUUGUUGUGUGACUGGCUCACUUUCAAUUUAGAUAUGCAAAUGAUGUCUGGUGAUACUUUCUCCAUCCCUUCUUCCAUACCAGGGUUUGCUCAUCAAGAACAGAAUGCAAACCCUAACCCUAAAACUAAUCCUAAUCCUGUGCCCAAGAAGAAGAGAAAUUUGCCUGGAACACCAGAUCCAGAUGCUGAAGUUAUUGCUCUAUCUCCUAAGACUCUCAUGGCCACAAACCGUUUCAUUUGUGAAAUAUGCAAUAAAGGUUUCCAAAGAGACCAAAACUUGCAGCUUCACCGGAGAGGUCACAAUCUUCCAUGGAAGCUAAGGCAAAGGACCAAUAAAGAAGUCAUCAAAAAGAAAGUCUAUAUAUGCCCAGAAAAGACCUGCGUUCACCAUGACCCAUCUAGAGCUCUCGGGGAUCUCACCGGAAUAAAAAAGCAUUAUAGUAGGAAACAUGGAGAGAAGAAAUGGAAGUGCGAGAAGUGUUCAAAGAAAUAUGCAGUUCAAUCUGACUGGAAAGCUCACUCCAAGACUUGUGGGACUAGAGAAUAUAAAUGUGAUUGUGGGACUUUAUUUUCCAGGAAAGAUAGCUUUAUCACCCAUAGAGCCUUUUGUGAUGCCUUAGCUGAAGAAAGUGCAAGAAUCAAUUCAGCUUCAGCAACUAAUCUAAAUUUCAGAAAUGAUACAGUUAAUUUGCCUCGUGAAGUAACGGGCGGCGUAGUUCAAGAUAUUAUAGGCAUUUCCCAAUUCAAUUCAGGCUUUAGACCAGAUUUCAAUGGCUUGCCCUCUCUCAGUGCUCAACAGAAGACUGGAUUGUCCCUGUGGCUAAAUCAGGCAAACUCUCAGAUCAAUCCUGCUGAUAUUGUGCCCAAUCAUUCUAAUCUUUAUGCAUCUUCAAGUUCUACUGGCUUGCCUGAGAUGGUGCAAAUGGGAUCAAAUCUUUAUGGUUCAUCAUCCACCACCAAUUUUGGUAAUUUAACCUUAUCGGGACUUCCUCAUGGAUUAAAAGAAGAAGAAGGUGGUAACAAUGUGCCUAAUAUGGUGGAUUCAUUGCCUUCUUUGUAUUCCGAUAAUCAUCAAAACAAGCAAUCAAAGCCCGCUGCAUCCAUGUCAGCCACUGCUCUUCUUCAGAAGGCGGCUCAAAUGGGUUCUACAAGAAGCAAUCAGUCUUUCUUUGGAAGCAACAAUUAUGGGCUAAUGAGUUCGUCCUCUUCAUCCAAUACAACCAACCUCAACACUCUAAACCAGAACAGAAAUGAGCUGCACCAAGUUUUCCAAAAUGUUAAUAAGCAACCAGAGAGUAAUUUAAGAGUAACAAGCAGCGUAGCUAUAGGCGACGCUAUAAUGGUCGGAUCAAGCGGCCUUGAUCAAGUAGUGAUGCAAUCUUCUGGGAAAAGAAAUGACCCAAUUCAUUUGAAGGUGCAACCAGGUUCAAGUUCCUUAGAAAGUGGUUUAACAAGAGAUUUUCUUGGCAUGAGUGGUCAAUCUGGGUCUCCAUUUUCACCCCAAGAGCUAGCUAAAUUUGCUUCAAUGAGCUCUGCCAUGGGUCUGAGCCAAUUCACUAGCAAUCCUUGAGAGCUCACGUUGGUUACACCACGGUGUACCUAACAAGUUAAAUCCCACGAUCAUGAGGGUAAGCCUAAGAUUGUUAUUACAGUGAAACUAAAACCCGAGUUUUUGUAACCGAGUAGAACUCUCUCUCGGUGGUGGAGUCGGUGGAGAAAAAGGCAAGGCCAGGCCAGGCCAGGCUAGGCCGCCUGUGAAGGUUAUAGGGUGGUCCUAGUGCAUGUUGAUCUGAAGUGACAAAACAAUGAGCCAACUCUAAAACUUGCAUGUUCUUGUUGUUUUUAUUUCCUCUUCUUGUUUUA